AUGCCCGCUGGUGCUCCCCCAGCUAUCCGUAAAAUCUCCGAGGACCACGAUAAGGUCUUCGUCACCGGGUGUCUCGAGCCCGAUACAAGCAAGCCUAGGGCUAACGCUGCUUUCGUCGUCCUUGCCCGAAACAAUGACUUGGAUGGUGUGAUUCAAUCCCUGAAGUCCAUCGAGAGGCACUUCAAUCGGUGGUAUCAUUACCCCUUCGUCUUCCUAAACGAUGGCGACUUCGACGAAAACUUCAAGGCGACUGUCAAGAAUUAUACUUCUAGCACCGUCGAGUUUGGCAAGGUCGGUGAUGAUAUGUGGGGAUACCCCGAUUGGAUCGAUGAGAAGGUCGCCAAGGAGGGUAUUGCCAAGCAAGGUGACAACGCCAUCAUGUAUGGUGGCCUCGAAAGCUAUCACUUCAUGUGUCGAUUCUAUUCUGGCUUUUUCUACAACCAUCCCCUCCUUGCCAAAUACGAGUGGUACUGGCGCCUGGAGCCCGAAAUCUCCUACUUCUGUGACAUCACCUAUGAUCCCUUCCUCAAGAUGAUUGAGACCAACAAGACCUACGGUUUCACUAUUGCUGUCAAGGAGCUCCGCGAGACCGUCCCGAACCUGUUCCGAUACGCCGCCGCGUACAAGCGCCUAUAUAACUAUACCUCGCAAGGUCUCUGGGAGAUGUUUGUCGAGCCUCCGGAGGAAAAGCCUCAGAAGGACGACCAGAGCCUCCCUGAAGAAGUUCUCCGCGCCGACCCGACUAAUAACGAACUUCCUCCUAUCGAUCCCGAAUCGAUGGAGGGCGAGAAGUACAACAUGUGUCAUUUCUGGUCGAACUUUGAAAUUGCUCGUCUCGACUGGUUCCGAGGCAAGCCCUACAAUGAUUUCUUCAAUAUGCUUGACCGUAGCGGUGGUUUCUGGAUGGAACGAUGGGGCGAUGCUCCCUUCCACUCCCUUGCCGCCGGCAUUCUUCUCGGCCCCAAGGACAUUCACUACUUCCCUCCCUCGUCCCCCUACCUGGAGAAGACUACCACGGACUCUAAGAAGCGUUUCGAGGAAGACGACUACUGGGAGCACUGGGAUCCCGAAAGGGAGAACGGUGUUGGCUGCCGCUGCCGCUGCGAUACCGACAUUGUCGACGUCGAAGGCAAGGAAGGAUCAUGCCUUGCCGAGUGGGUCGAUGUUGCUGGCGGUUGGGCCAGCCCCUAG